AUGAAGAGAGUUGCUGUAGUUGGAGCAGGAAUAUCAGGACUUUCUACAUGUUAUUACUUAACUCUGCUUAAUCCUGAGUUGCAAGUAACAUUAUUUGAGAAAUCAAAGCCAGGCGGAUGGAUUCAAACAAUGACAAAAGAUAAUUUCAUAUUUGAGACAGGCCCAAGGUCUAUAAGAGUAUCUCCACAAGCAAGAGACGUAUUUGAAAUAAUCCACAGAGUAGGAAUGCUAGACCAGGUCGCACUAAGCCGCACGUCAAGAACUCAAGCUUGCAUUUAUGCAGAUGAUAAAAUGAUAGAAUUACUUCCAUCAAACAAAUACAAGAUUUCUGCAAUAUUUGGCAACCCACUUUAUAGACGUACGAUAUGUGCUUGACUUUUUAAAAGGUCACCUAAAUAUGAAAAAGUUGAUGAUGAAAGCAUUGAAGCUUUUGCCAGGAAAAAGUACAAGUUUUGGAAUGAUGAGGAUAGAGAGUACUUCAUAUCAACAUUUCUUGAUGCUUUUCAGACCGGAAUUUAUUCAGGAGACAUGUCUAAGCUUUCAGCAAGGUCUUGCUCUCCGUUUACAGAGCCAUUCUUGAAGAUGAAUUUUCCAGAACAAAAAAGACCGAAGCUAAAACACCAUGAAGAUCCUGAGAUAGAAAAAGCUUAUGGGUGGGCUGUAGGAGUGAGGUCAAAUGCUUUCAACUUCAAAGAUGGCUUAGGCAGUUUUAUAAACGCUUUGCUUGAUUAUUUGCAAAGGUUUCCAAACUUCAAAUAUGUGCCUUUAGGUGUAGCUUCAAUUGAAAAAAAUGAUAUGGCAGGAGGUAGAGUUGUGGAUGAAAAAAAGGAAAUUUAUAAGGUAGAUCAUGUCAUAACCACAAUUCCUUCUUUUCAAAUCCCUAGCAUAUUAAAAGGAUAUAGCAGAAUUUCAGAUUUAUGUAAAACAAUUCCACAUAACUCAAUACUAACAAUAAACGUAGGCUAUGAAGAAAAUCCUGGCUUGAGCGGGAUAGGAUACUUAGUUCCAAAAAGGCAAAAAUCACUUAUAUCAGGGGUUCUCUAUGAUUCUUCACAAUUUCCUCUGCGAAAACCAUGCUUAUCGAUUAUGGGCCCUGCCGAUAAAUGUUCAUCAGAACUGCAGGAGGCGUUUAUAAAAGAGUUUCAAAAGCAAACAGGAAUUAAAGAAACCCCAAGAACUGUAGUCUCAAGCUUUUGUGAAAAUGCAUUGCCACAAUAUAAUGUGGGACAUUAUAAAAUCGUUCAAGAAAUUGAAGAAAAAUCUCCAUCUUGGCUGCAUGUCUCUGGGCAAAGUAUUUAUAAAAGUGGGGUGCCAAACUGCAUUCAAACUUCAAAGGAACUAGUUAAUAAGCUAAUGAACAUACCUAUUGAGUAA